AUCAUUGUCUCUAAAAUGUUGAAGAGAAAUCUUUGUAAUGCUUACUACUUUUAGCACAAACAUAAACAAAAUGAUAAAAUAGAGUAAAGCAGGAAGUAAAUCCUCAUUUUAAUACGUCUGUAUGUGUGAUUAUACACAGAUACAAUGCUAAGUACCUUUACCGAAGCACUGUAUGUCAUUAUAGUUUGGAGGUAAUAAUACUUGCUAAGUGUUUACAUUUUGUUCUAUUCAACAUAUCUUCCUAUUGGUUCUGCAAAUGAGAUUUUAAACAAUAACAUAGCGGCAAACAAUGAUUUCCUAUGUAAUGAAAAAGUGGAAUAAUGGCACCCUGAGCAGAGAAGGAAGUCACACCUCUAUUGGUGAGUUUCUCUGUUAUUUUGGUUAGUGCACGUGAGUCCCUCCUGUUAAACAUUUGGCCAUCUUACCUUCACCAGUGACCGUUGAGAAAGUUAUGGAGUAAUCUUUGCCUUUACGAAGGGACCGCCCACAGGUGAGAUGAUGGCGCAAUGCAGAAUGCAGCGUUCAAGUGCAAGCGACCUUUUCAGAAUUUCCUCCAUCGAAGAAACGGGUCUGUCGUUGGCCCACAAAAACACGUCAACUUCAAAACAGGUUUUUUAGAGUUUUACUCACUCCAUCCACCGACCUGUCCCCCCCGAAUAAGUCCAAGGCUGGAUUUCUUUCCUUGGAGCUAAUACUGGUCUGCCUCUACGGAGAUGGAAGCUAAAGGGCUAAAGAGCAGCUAAAGCGAUGUAGCUUGUCUCGGAACUGGCUUUUUUCCCUCCUCUAUGUAUGGUGCUGGUUAAUCCCGUUAGCCCCAGGCAGCCACUGUGGAAAUCCCAGCACACCUGUGCUGGCUGUGCCGCACUCUGGAUCUCUACACCACCGGUAUGCAGAGCCACCUGUAGACGCACAGGAUGUUUAACUGGGUGGUGAAAGUGGUCCCCCAACUCCCUGAAGCUACCGGGACAGAUGAAGCUGCCGACUCCCCUGCUGCUCCCACUACAAAAAGCAGAGAGGUGAAGAGUCCUCCACUGAAAAACACAGAUGAGGUCACAGAGGAUGGCCAGGGGCAGACUGGAGUAUUGGGCUGGCUGUCCAAUGGGUUCGUCAGCGCUCUGCCACAACCUUCUAGCUCCCCUCGCCUCAGCAGGGCCAACUCUGAUGCCAGGUCAGGAGAGGAUGGAGAGAGGUCUGGAGUGAUUGGCUGGGUGACUCAGGGUCUGACCAAGGUGCUACCUCAGCCUGAUGAAAAGUACAGAGAGACUAACGACGACAACAAUGAAGAACACACUGAGGUCUAUGAGGUAGCAACAAUGCCAGAUUUUGAUCCCCUCCCACACAUCCCAGUGGUGGAGAUGGUGUCAGAUGACGAGGUGUCGGAGGUAGAGUGUCUGAACCCUCAGUUCCCUCCCAACAUGGUGAACUGGAUAAAGCAGAUCAUCCCCCAGCCAGUUAUACUGCCCCCUGGUGCCGUGCCCAUAGAACCAUCAUCCAAGUCCUCCCGCUCAUCUCUGGACAAACUUCUGUCUCCACCACCUGAAUCUCUCAGUGGAAUCUCACUGGACACUGACAGCAAGGCCUCAGGUGUGGUUGGCUGGUUCGUGUCGGGACUCGGCCUGAAGUUGCCUCAGCCUGCCAUUCAACCCAAAGAUGAUGCUGAGGGUGCAGCUGAAGUUCUACAGAAAGCUUCAUCCAAACUCAAACCUGACAUGGUACUGGAAGACAUGGAGUCAGACCACGAGGGUCAGCAGGAAUGUGAGGGUGGUUCCAAAGCUGAAGCACCUUCCACAUCGCUGACUCCACCAUCGCCGGCAACACACCGACAGCUGGAGGCAACACAGCAGACACAGUCCUGUUCACUGUCCAUGGCAUCCAUGCAGUCCCAGCAGUGCGGUGAUGCCAGUCCAGUACCAGAGCCAACAGAGUGUGUGACAAAAAUAUCUCAGGAAGAUGCAGAGACUCAGACAGGCCGCUGGACGCCGUUUAUUGAGAGCAUCAAGAAGGAGGCUGAAGAUGGAGCUUUGGCCACCAUGGAGGAACGUCUGCUGCAGGAGCGCAUGGAGAUGGCACGUAUGGCUGAGGAGGUGGCCAGGCAGACAGCUGAGAUGGCCAUUAGACAGAUGGCCAGUGAGGGACACUCCAUCAAACUCUCACUAGGGAGUCAAGAACUGCUGGAUGAGCCUGAAGUCGAGCUGCCAGUGCCAGAAGAAGAAGAAGAAGAAGUGAGUGAAGAAGAGCACAGUAAAGUCACAGAAAGGGAAGAGAGCAUUGCUGUGGAAGUACAGGAGGAAGAGGAAGAGACCGAGGAGCCUGCCGCCACAGAACCAGAGCCAAAGAAGGAAGCAGAGCCUCAGUGCAUCUCCCCAUCUCCACCUCCAAGUCCUGAACCAGUUAAGUCCUGUGAGUCGGAGCCUGAAUCUGAACCAGAACCAGAACCAGAACCAGUGACUAAGACCCAGGAAGCCAAUUCAGAAGCUGAGCCUAUCACCCGGCAGCCGCAGAAAGCAGAGGAAGACGGUCAAGGCACCAACGCUGACAAAGCUGCUGAAAAAGAGGAGGAAGCUACAGGGGAUGGCUGCGGUGCUCCAGUCAGCUGUGAUGCAUUUAAGAGUUGCCUGAUGCGCAUUCCUCACACCUCUGAGUGCCUCGGCAAUAUCAACGCAUUCUUCAAAGAGAACGGCAUCUCCCCCCCGAAAAUACCCUCCAUGCCUAAGCUACCCACCCAACUCUCUGACGUGACACAGUACUUACCCACCUUACCCCCUGAAUUACGCCAAGAGCUCUCCCAGAUCAGACUCACACAGGUCCCCCGAAAUAUUGCCCAGACUCUGACUGAAAUUUUGCCCAAAAACUCAGAGGGUUCGGUCGGUCCCAGUCUGUCCAGUCUAUCCCAGAGCUUUUCAAACAUCCCGGAGAAACUCUCCCAGUUUCCCAGCCGGACGCAGCAGUACUUCCUCAACGUCCGGAACCGCCUCAACAGCCUUAUGCCCCAAGAUCUCCGGUCCCGCUCCCCGUCUCCAUCCUCCCCCAGUGGUAGCGCCCUCGAAUUGCCCAAUGUGCCAUCCUAUCCGCGUCUGCCUCCAAUUGUCAGCCCCCCGUCAAAGCAGCUCAACUCCCCGUCCCACCAGCUGUCUGGUCUCUCUAACCCAGCGUUCUUCAUUGAAGAUGACUCAGACAUUUCAGCAAUAAGACCCGCAGAGACCUCCAGCCUCAGCCUUCGUCCGGCCGUCAAUGUAGAGGACGUUGACUCAGACCAUGAGAGAAAAGGAGGAGCAGGAGGAGGAGGAGGAGGGAAUGAGCAGCAGAGUACUAUCCCCCAUAUUCUCACCCCACAGGACCCCAAACUUACAACCCUCACCGUCCCUGUGACCCCAUCUGGAGGUCGUCAGAGCAAAGGAGAUAAAGAUAGAAGGCUGCAAUCUCAAAGUGAAGAUGAUGAUGAAGAAGGAAGCAUCCCUGUCAGAGCCUGGCCCAGCCAGUCCAGCCUGCACAGCACAGAUGACAUUCUGAAAGAACGUCCAGCAUCUUCAGCCAGUCAGACCAGCACAGUGGUGAACGAGCGUCUGCAGGAGCUGGUCAGGAUGUUUAAAGAGAGGACAGAGAAGGCCAAGGAGAAACUCAUUGACCCUGACAGCUCCGAUGAAGACAGCAUCAUCUCCUCUCCUCCUCAGGCCUCAGCUCCUCAGCCUGCUCCUGGAGCACAGCUGGUGGAUGGGGGAGAGAAGGAGGCAAAAGCAGGUCCAUCAGGAGGAGGAGGAGGAGGAGGAGGAGGAGGAGGUGGAGGAGGAGAAGGAGGAGGAGAAGGCGGGGUGGAGAGUGAGGCAGAGGAGGAGCAGUCUAGCAGCUGUUGCAAGGUGAAAGCUCCUCGGUGGAUACGAGCUUGUGUGCACUACUGUUUCCCCGCCAGCAUCGACCCUUUCACCAACCUAAUGUAUGUGCUGUGGAUGUUUUUGGUUUCUCUUGCGUGGAACUGGAACGUAUGGUUCAUCCCGGUGCGCUGGGCUUUCCCCUAUCAGACUCCAGACAAUAUUUACUACUGGCUGCUGACCGACUACCUGUGUGACCUCAUUUACAUCCUGGACAUCACCGUCUUCCAGCCACGUCUGCAGUUUAUUCGUGGAGGGGACAUAGUGAGUGACAAAAAAGAGAUGAGGAAGAAUUACAUGAAAACCAAACGCUUCAAAUUUGAUGUAGCCAGCCUUGUUCCCUUGGAGCUCUUCUAUUUUAAAACCGGCAUCAACCCCCUGCUCCGCUUACCCAGGCUGCUGAAGAUCAACUCCUUCUUCGAGUUCAACGAGCGUCUAGAGGCCAUCUUGACCAAAGCCUACAUCUACAGGGUGAUCCGUACCACCACCUAUCUUCUUUAUUGUCUCCACUGUAAUGCCUGUCUCUACUACUGGGGCUCUGCCUUAAAAGGACUGGGAUCUACCAAAUGGGUGUACAAUGGCGAGGGCAACAGCUACAUUCGCUGUUACUACUUUGCGGUGAAGACCCUGAUCACCAUUGGAGGUCUGCCAGACCCCACCACCCUGUUUGAGAUUGUCUUCCAACUCAUCAACUACUUUGUUGGAGUCUUUGCCUUCUCUAUCAUGAUUGGACAGAUGCGUGAUGUGGUUGGUGCAGCCACAGCAGGUCAGACCUACUACCGCACAUGUAUGGACAACACUAUUAAAUACAUGUCCUCAUAUCGCAUCCCCAAAGACGUCCAGAACCGCGUCAAAACCUGGUACAACUAUACUUGGCAAUCUCAAGGCAUGCUGGAUGAGCAGGAGCUGCUGACUCAGUUGCCAGAUAAAAUGCGUCUGGACAUUGCUAUAGACGUCAACUAUUCCAUCGUGAGCAAAGUCCCUCUUUUUCAGGGUUGUGACCGACAGAUGAUCUUUGAUAUGCUGAAAAGCCUGCGCUCUGUCGUCUACCUGCCAGGGGAUUAUGUCUGCAAAAAGGGCGAGGUGGGUCGGGAGAUGUACAUCAUAAAGGCAGGGGAAGUGCAGGUGGUUGGAGGUCCUGAUGGGAAAACGGUCUUUGUCACUCUCAGAGCAGGAUCAGUCUUUGGAGAGAUCAGUUUGCUUGCAGUAGGCGGGGGUAAUAGGCGCACAGCCAAUGUGAUUGCUCAUGGUUUUGCCAAUCUCUUCAUCCUGGACAAGAAAGACCUGAAUGAGAUCCUGGUCCACUACCCUGAGUCCAAGAAACUGCUCCGCAAGAAGGCCAGGAAGAUGCUUACCAAGGGGAAGAAACCUGAGCCCAAAGAAGAAGCUAAGGAACCCCGUCAGGUACCGGCAGCCCCGGUCAGGCAGGAGACUCCCAGACUGCUGAGAGCUGCCCUGGAAAUGACAGAGAAGUCCUCUAGACUUAAAGGAGCUCUGGCUAAAGUCAAAGAGAAGACCAACAAGUCCAGUAUCUCAUUACAGCCCUCCAUCUCUUCCUCCCUCCCCCCUCCAUCUCCAACCUCCAGCUCUGGACCUGACAGAGAUGCGGACACGCCUUCGCCCGUCUCUGCCAGCUCCACCACAUUUCACUCUGCAUCCCGCGGUCACAACAACAGCUCUGUGAUGGGAUCACAGUCCCAAAGCGACGCAGACAAAACGCUCGCUGUGGACCAAAGAAAGGAAGAUGUCAGUGAGGGUGUAGGGAAUGAGGGCGAGAAGAGAAAAUAAAGGAAGUUGUGAUAUUUUUCUAAAACUUGAGCAGAGGGGAGUGGUUGGAGAAGUUGGGAAGGAAAGGAAAGGGAGGUGAGAAAGAGUCUGCACUUUGAAAAGAGGGAGAUAAAGAGAAAGAAUUAAAAGAAAAAGGUGGCAGGUGAGAGGGGAGGGAGGAAACAUUAGAGUAAAGAAACUGCUUUUGAAGAGAAAACAGGAAUAAUCAAUGCUGAGUAUAUCUACCAAACACUGACAGGAUGCUGAAAUGAAAGACACUGGUCUUGUAUAAAAACUGUUUUAUUGUCAGACUGAUCUGUUAAAGUUGUGUGGGGCAGCCUCAAUGCAAAAUAUCAAAGUGGUACUGUAUUCAAUCAUGAUGCACUUGUCCAUUUAGUACAUUAUAACCAACAUAUUUACAGCAUGCCAUGCAGUUGUAAUAUACCUUUAAACUUAAAAAGCCGAUAUAAGAUAUUUUGUCACUAGUGUUGCCCCUGCCUCUCCCCGGUUUUUCAAGCUAGACCAAUGGAAAAUACAAUUUCAGAUUCCUAUGUUCUCCAAUUGCUUUGCAUUCCUCUUUCAACCUCCACCCACUGUUCAUCUCUGCUAAUCUCAUUAUUAAUUCAUUUAAUGCAGGAGUAAGCCAUUCCUUGCCGGGUUACCUCUUCAGACGCACAUUUCCAUCAUCUACACUGAGUUUACACGACUGAAUUCACUGUAGCUAUGAUGAGUGAAGUUUGUGUGGGAUGGCAUAGUUAAGCCAUAACAGUUAACUCAGAUCAGUAGUUUCUACAGAGCUGAACUUAUUGUGUUUGUACAACAUACAAAAUUAACAAAAUGAGAAAAUGUUUUUGCUGUUGUUGUCAGCUAAAUGUUUGCAAAUUAUUUUGUAAACUUCAACGUACAAUAUGCCUUAUGUGUUUUGUCAUUUAACUUUGUGUUUUGUUGGAGUGAGUAACUUGUUCUGCUGAUGUUUUUACAAGUUGGUUUGAAAAACAGCACAGACCUACUAAAACUGUAUUUAAGGUUAUAACAACAUGAUCAUCUGUAUUUCCAUCAUAAGAUAUGAUAGCAAUGUCAAUGUAUGUUGACAGAUGUAAAGUAAUCUUCAAUUAUUUUAUAUAGAUUCUCAGUCCGUCUUUUUUCAGCAUAGCAAGCUCAAAAAUCAUCUAUCCUCUUAUUGCCUCACUUUAUUUGCUAAUACAUAUGUAUAGGUCAUCUCAGAGGGAUCAAUAUGUCACUCAUGUAAAAAUGUAGCCAUCAAUAAUAUGUAAUACCAUUGCUUUACACAUUUUACAACUACAGUUUUUAUGUUCAUGUUUUCUUUUAUGUUUUUUUGUACAAUAUGUAAAUAUAUUUGUUUUUUAAAUGUAGAUGAAUCAAACUUUCCUGCUAAUGUAAAAAUCACUUUACUGCUUUGCAGUGUCAUGAGAUGUACAUGCAUUCUAGAAAUGCUAAAUGUUUAAUUUGUGCUGUGAAUGUGUUUUAUGACUCAGUGAUGGUUAAUUUUUUUUUAUAGAUGGUUUGAUUAUUGAUACAGCCUCAGAAGAUGCCCAUAAACCAGCUAACCAUACUGCCAGACAAGCUGUAGAAAGGAAUGAUUGUGUGUGUGUAGUGAGACAGAGAGAGAUGAUUGCAUAUUGAACUCUAUAUAUAUUUGUACACAUAUAUAUUUAUAUGUGUGUGUGUGUGUGUGUGUGUGUGUGUGGGUCCUUAAACUGGAUUUUGUCACUGAUUUAGCCCUGUCUUUUGUGAAUUUUGUUUAAAUAAAUGACUGUUUGCAGCA